AUGCCGCCGCCGCCGCCGAGGGGUGGUGGAGCGGGCGGCAGCUUGCAAGGCGCGGGGACCACCUCCGACGACACUGUGGCGAAGGCGCUCGAGCUGCUUGAGAAGGCCUGCCUGGAGGUCGAGAGGCAGGCUGCGUUGGCAGCUCUGCAGGGACAGCUGGUACCAGUCCAUGCCAAGGUCGUGGAGUCUCCCUCGGCGGUGUGCCAGCGCUGCUCGGCGGCGGAGCGCCGCAGCCGUGCGGCGUUCGAACAGGCCCUGGCCGAGGCGAGGAACAAGGUGCGCGCAGCGGCGGACAUGGCGGCGAGCUGCGAGUAUCAGGUGGCGAUCGCCUUCAAGCAUGUCAAAGAGGAGCGGGGGGCGAUGCCAGCAGCAGCAUUUGCAUGGCCGUCGCAGGCUGCGGCUGUCCUCAGCCUCGGCCAGCUGAUGGAGAGUGAAGACACUUCGGGCCUCGCCUUGAAGGGGAGGAGCUCGGGAGCUUCCAGCACAUCACGAACGAGUCCGUGCCAGGGGCCCACAACAGGGUCGGGAGGUCUUCGGCAGCGCCGCCGGGAGCCUCCAGACCAUGCGGAAUCAUGCGAAUCGCAUGUGCAUCCAUAG